AUGGCCCUACUUCCCGAGCCUAUCCCAGUUCACGUAUUGAGUCCCUUCUCUCAAGCCUUCAGCAAAAUGAGAAUGAAAGCAUAUGCAGAAACCCAUCUAGGGGCAAGCGGCCUAAGGUUUAAAGAAAAUCUCAUCAAAGCCUUCAUCGAGUAUGUCCGCAGUCAAGACGAAAUCUGUUGUGGGCGCCCAGAACCCAGUCCCGAGGGAAUCGUAGUUGCAUGGUGGAAGAAGCAGAAGCAUCGUCACAUCGCGGGAUUACCUCAGGGACGGCUUUACCCAAAGCUGAAGCGCCGUUCGCAUGAAUCGGCCUAUCUGGCAGAGGUUACCUGCCAUUACAUCACCGACAAGGAUGCCGAUCUGAACCUUAUCCAAAAGAAGGCGUUGCAAAGAUGGGAGAAGGUGAAGAAUGAAUUGAUGGACUCUAUGGCAAUAAAAGACGCCUCCCUUAUCGCAGACGGGCAUGGAAUUAUCCAGUCUGUCAUCAGCAUCUUCAACGACCUUUUUCUGCUCGGAGCCUUGAGACGAGUAAAAUUCGACUGGAUUCGAGAAGCCGAAGGAGUUCCUGACAUGGCGUUAGGAUACGGCAGCGAUUCGUCUAUACAGUUACACCCGACCAGUCUCAACUCAGAUCCAGAAGUCUCUCUAGCUGUCUCUCGGUUGAGCACACUUCUACACGAAAUGAUUCAUGCUUUCCUUGCUCAAUUUACUUGUUCAUCCUGCAAGAAGCUUUGGCACGGGAGAGAUUGGCAGGUCCUUGCAAAAAGGAUCGAAGAAGUCGCACCAGGCUUGCUGGGAUUCCGGGCAGCUCUGGGCAGGUUUGACGGUUUAAUCUAUGAUUUGAAGCAUGGAAUAGAGAAGCUGCCAUCUAUGCACGAUGUAUUGCACUACAAUUUCGAACAAGUCCUACCCACCGAUGAACUCUAUGGUGAAGGCGCGCCGAGUAAGCUGGUAGAGGACAUCCCGACGAAACUCGUGAAAUCGCGCCGAUUAAGCUGGUAGAGGACAUCCCGACGAAACCCGCAAU